AAUACUGACGGAAUAUCAUCAAAUACAACUAUAUGAAAAAAAGCUAGGGUUCAAUGUUUUCGCGACGAUGGGAACCGGGGAUUGGUACCGGAGAUUGGAUCGGUCCGUUCAGGAAAGAUCAGGGUUGUGCGACGGCGUAUCAGGGCUGCAUCUCGGGCCGAUGGGGAUUCGAUUUUGGUAUUAGAAAGGGGAUGGGCGGAAUUUUAAGGAAAAUAAAGAUUGGGAUCGAAGGGCGACGGAUUUCGGCUAUCACUACAACAGAUUGCUCAAUCAAUACAGAGUAAUUUGUUGAGUAAUGGUGAGGAGCAGAGGAACGGGGACGGCAAGCGGAAGAGGUUGAAGAUUUCAGUGGCGCAUUUCGACAACUCUGCGCUUAUCAGAACCUAUUCCAAAACUCUGAUUGGACGGUGCAUGAAUCCCGUGGAACAAGAGAUGAAGGCUUUGUUUACAAAUCUCCCGAAGAUUUGGAAAUUGGAAGAAAGGGUUACGGGUAGUGACUUGGGCUUUGGCAAGUUUCAGUUUGACUUCAUGACGGAAGAGGAGCUUGACGCUGUGUUGAGGCAGCAACCAUAUCACUUCGACUACUGGAUGCUGGCAUUGGCGAAGUGGCAACCAAAGCAACUCAAGGAUUUCCCUUCGGAGAUCCCGUUUUGGAUCAGAGUUUUUGGUCUUCCCCUUGAAUUUAGGACCGCUCCUACUCUGGAGAGUAUUGGUGGUGCUUUGGGGAGAGUGGUGGAUGUAGAUGUGGUUCAAAACCGAGUUCAAGUUAUAAUUGACGCUUUCAAAGAACUAUGCUUUGAAACGUCGAUAGAUUUCAAAGGAGGAGAAUUCUACGAGGAAGAGGAGGUGGCGGUAUCUCUCCGUUACGAGAAGCUCUUCGGUUAUUGCAAGGGAUGCGGGAGUCUUUGUCACAAGGAGGAGAUAUGCCCUCUUGAUGAGAAGAACACGAAGGCGGAACCAGAGAGAAGGAGGGAGCAUAGAGAAGGUAAUGGGGGAUGGACUGAUGGCGUGAAACAUGAAGAGCGAGCUCGGAGCUAUAAGGGUGUGGUCAUUAACGGCAAUACGGCCCAACAGAACAGAGAAAGAGAUUGUAAGGAGUAUUAUGGAAAGGGCAAGGGAAAGAUGGGGGAGGCACCUGAUUCUAAGUGGGUGAAGGUACCUGAGCGGGGUAAUAGGAGAUCUUAUAACCACCACGGCAACUACAGAGGUAAUGGGGAAGGUUCACGGGUUAAAUCUACAUACCGUGAGGCUGUUCCAGUUGUGGGCUCUGGUACUCAAGGGGUGUCGACUAAGACAUAUCCACUGCAACGAAGAGAAGAUCAGGGGCAGCAUCAGGAUGUACAUCCGGCACGUGAAGAAGGGGAGAUCACGAUGAAUGAAGAUGCUGAUGCCACAUUGCCGUCUGCAGAAUUUCAAAUGGAACUUGCUAAAACCCAGGCGGAAGGAUCGGAGGUGGUCGUGGAGGCUAUGGAGGAGGAGAAGAAUUUACUUGCAGUGCAAGGAUUGAUGGAGAAACAUGAUGAGCCUUUUGACGAUAUUGAGAUGGAAAUUGAGGCUAUUAAUGCGGCGAUGAUGGCGAGUGGUGUUGAUUUGGAGGCAGAGGAAGAGUUUCAAACUCUCUCAGAAGAGGAGUUUGAGCAAGAUUCUGAGGCUCAGAUAGAGAAAGUUCUUCUUCAGAAUGCCGAAGAACCGGUGGCUGGUGAUGCGCACAUCAAUAAGGAGCUGGGGACAGGGGAGGUGGCGACGAGACAGGGUCACCGUAAGAGGUUAUUUAAACCUAAUAACAGCACUGCAGGCAGUACUAAAAUGAGAAUGGCGUCUGCGCUUCUUUCACCAAGGAAGAAAACUGCAGCAGCAGCAGCUAAGGUCGGGACUCGUCAUGGAGACAAUACCAAACCACCGGAGAGCAAGGGACCUUCAAUCCCGAAGCCGGUUAACUUAAAGUUCUAAGGUUUAUGGAUCAAAUCUCAUUUACAAUGAGAGUACGAAUAAAGGAUUGGGUUUAUGGGGGUGAAGCUUUCAUUUUAUCAUUAAAGUUAAUUUUCUUUGAAGUUUUAUUUGGUUUCAUGGGUUUGGGGGUAGUAUUCAUUGCUCUGUUUCUCUUGGUUCUUAUUGAGUAUUGGAAUAAGAGUGGUUUAUUGA